AUGUCGGAAAAAUUUCAUCGAGACGAUGAAGAUAAAAAUAAUGAUCGUAAAAGAGUCGAAUCUGAUUAUGUUCGUAGUUCAUCUGCAACAACAUCAAAACGGAUUCGUCGAGAUGAAGAACAUGUUGAAAAAGAAUUAAUUAAUGAAUUUUCAUCAAAUUCAAAUAUUGAAUUAAAUCCAAAAGAAAAAAGUCAAGGUUCAUCACAAUUAGAUAAUUUUUAUGCAUCAUUUUUACCAUCAAGUCAUUAUUAUGAAAGAUCUUAUAUGCAUAGAGAUAUCGUUACACAUGUUAUUGUAACAGUAACUGAUUUUUUAAUAAGUGGUUCACAAGAUGGUCAUAUUAAAUUUUGGAAAAUUCAAUGA